ACAUACAAACAAAACAGAUCUUAUCGAAAUUUUAUUAUUAUAAUAUUAGUUGAAGUAUGAUCAAAUAGCAUAGAAAAAUAGAGCAUUCUUUCCUGUAUCACUACAUCAAAAACGAAAAUUUCCUUGAGCUUACUAUAAGGAAAUAAGAUAGUGACGACACUACUUUUGAAUUGCCCUAAGUAUAUCGUUGAAAACCUUUUGUAACUAGUCCUAUCCAAAAAAUAUAAAUAACUUUUAAAGCACACGUGCAGGUCUAUCUACAACUAUGUUUCUCUAUUCUUAUCUUUGCCUGUUAUGUAUAAGAUUUUUUAUUAUCAGCUUACAUAUCUAUUUUUAGUUUCUGUAUUUUCACUUAAAACAAAUAUUUUUGUCUGCUUGAAUUUGUUUGAGUGAGAAUUAAAGGGUAAAAAGUACAUUCCAAUAUGGCUACAAAUUUCUGAAAUAAAAGAAAUGUUUUCGUCUUGGGUUUAAUGGUUCUCAUAACCAGAAUGACACAUAUUCUGGAAUAGCUACAUUUUUCUAUUAGUACUUAUUAUCAUAUUAUGCGUAUUCUUUUUCUCAAGAUCAAUAUUCAAUUGUCUAAACCAAUUUUAAUAAAUGAUAUAUUAUGUCUUCUAGUCUUUUACAGAUAAAUCUAGAAGAAGUGGCAUGAUUCAGAUUGUAGUACUUGAACAACUGAGUCGAACAAAACUCAUUUCAUUUGUUUCCGUAUUAUUAAUUGUUCAAGUUGUAUAUUUUCUACUCGGAGGUCUGAUAGGUUCGUAAGUUUUUUCGAAUUUUGAUUGUCAGAUAAUUCGGAUGUUAAUUCUUUAGCUUCAAAACCGAGUCACGCUGACAAUCGUCCUUUUUCUGUAUGUCGUUCACUUGAAAACAAGAAAAUUGAAUGGAUUUAUAAUUCACCGAAAAUGGAGAAAAAUUGUGAAUCUACCAAACUGGAAUUUGGUAGUGAAUCGAGAACAUGGAAUGAUUUUGUAUUUGUCAUGCAACUUCCACGUGUCUCACGUUGGUUUCAAACUUUAAAUUCAUUCUUAGUACCCACGAUUGAAUUCGAUCCACGUAUUAAUUUUAGUUUAACUGCUUCAUUAACAUAUGAUGUCCGUUUGGCAUACAGAACUGAUGAAAAUGAUUACAACGAUAAACCAUCAAAAUGGAAACUGCAUGCAAUGUCCAGAGAGACUCGUCGUUUGGAUUGCAAACCGAUUUAUCAUGGACUGCAUAGUGAUCCUGUGUACACUUGCGAAUCUUUAGCAUUUCUUGAACUUACUGCUCUAAAACAUCCCUAUUAUUUGAUAAAUCUGCAAAUUGUGCACGACAAAGAUCAUUCACAAAAUAUUGGAAAAUUAACAUCAUUGGAGUUUGUUGAUAGAAGCGGUUGCAGCUACCUUGCAUCUUACAUAAAAUAUGUUGGCUUACUUUGGUUUUCAUCAUUUGUUUUACUACUUUUUGAAUUAUGUCAACGAGGCUUUCAGUUAUCAAAUCCAUUUCAUUCAAUAUGGUCAAGUAAAGCUGGAAAAAAUGCUGCGAUGACAUUUUUGAUCUUGGCCGCCUUAUCUGGCAUUGUUUAUAUAAUAUGUUUAACAACAUUAUUUACUCGUGUUUUUUGGAAUAUUCGUUCGAAACAUUCAGAACUGCAUGCAAUGAGUAGAGUCAGACGACUUCUUUAUCAAGGAACUUUAUUUCGUUUUGGUUCCUUAUUAAUUGCAACAGUUGUUUGCGCUAUUUUAACAGUUGUCUGGUUUUGUCUAAGUCAAUUUUAUGAAACACAUUGGGUAUGGGAAUAUGAAAAUAAACCACCAAAGAUUCAUUACUCUGGCGCAUUCAUUACAGGUGUCUAUGGAAUGUGGAACUUGUAUGUGUUCGCUGUACUUCUAUUAUUUUCUCCAUCGUCCACAAAUAUGGUAGAAGAUUUGGUCGAACUGAAUCCAACUGGCAAUGUUACUGAAUUAUGUGACGCAACUAAUCCAUAUACGUCUUAUCAGAUCAUUCGUAAAACGGCUAUAGAAUGA